AUGUCGAACUGGCUUAGUGCGAAGAUCAACGCCUUGGGGGAGAAGGUCAUGGACUCUGUCUUGGACGCGGUAGCCAGCAACCAGGAAACACACCUGAAACAACUCCAGCACAUGCAGCAGUGGUCUGUUUCCCGACUUUUCAACAGAGUGGUGAAUGCAAAGUACUUUUAUAGACAGUCGAAUGUAGCUCCAUGCGCGGCAUUCGAGGAAGUGUUCCCUGCCUCGCGGCCCCUUUCGCAGACUGUUGCAGCUGCGUCUCCGAGCGAUAGCCACAAGGCAGCUUCUUCCAUUGCAAGACCCCUUGCUACCCCAAGAGGCAGUACGGGGAGUAGUAGUGGUAGCAGUAGUAGCAGCAGCAGAGCGCCGAGUGGCUGCAAUACGGAGGAAAGCGUUACAGCCGCAGUCUCGUCUUCGCCUCUUUUUCCCCAAAGCCAGCAGCUGCAGCCGCUUCAGCAGCAACAACAGCCUCGUCAGAACGCCUCUUUGCUGCCUCACUUCAUCCCGCGAGAGGCUGUUGGCAAGCUAUACAUUGAAGUUCCUGGCGCUUGUUUGCUACUCUUCAGCGGCGAGGGGGUUCGCAGCAAUCCCCUGCAGCUGCAGCGGGAGCGGCACCAGCAACAGCUCACGUGGCUGCUCAGAGUGCUCGUGGAGAAUCAGCAGCAACAAAGCCGCACUGUACGUUUAAACACACGAGGGGGCAGCGAAGGCGUUGCUAGCACGAACUGCGUGAACGAACUGCCUUUUGAGGCUUCUUUCGAGUUUCCCGUGAGAGAUCUGUGGACAGACGUGUCGCUUGAGAUCAUCUGCAUCAGACCUUGCCGUCAUAUCAUCUUGAAAGCUACCAAAGACAGCGUCACAGCAGCAGCUGCUGCUGCAGGAGCGAACAGCCGCAGCGGGAGUUCCCCAGCCCCCCCGCUUGAGGAUGUCUCGGGGAUUUCUGCUGCUGCUGCUGCGGGCCGGCUGGCACCGCAGCAGCAGCGCGAUCUCUUGAUGCAGCAGCUGCAGCAGCAGUUCAACAGUCUCCCCGACGAAUGCGCUGCGGCUUCGAGCAGCAGCAGCAGCAGCCGCCUACAACAACAGCAACAGCAGCAGCAGCAAAAACAGCUGCAGAGCAACCCAGGUCCACUACUGGCCUCGACUGAUCUCGCGCCGUCAGACGCAAUCCCGAGUCUAGACGAGCGCCAGCUGUACGGCAGGGUGAUCGUUCCCCUUUCUUCCUUCCUGAGGGCUGCUUUGCCUACGCAGAAGCAAGAGAAGGAGCAACUCCAGCAGGGAGGAGGAGCGAGCUGGCCGUGGUUUGGAAGCGCUGGCUGGGUUAGCGAAGGAGACUUUUGGGCUCAUCUUUACCCGGAUAACAAAAAGCAGCAAGAACGCAAGUACUUGAGGCCUGUCAGAGGGUUCGAGGAAUAUGGCAUGAAGAAUCCAGUCUCUUCCUUAGGCUUCCUACAUCUCCGCUUGCGCUUCGAGUGGCUAAGGCCUCCCCUGGCAGCCUCUCUGCUAUCCAUGUGCCUUCCUCCGUCUUCUGUGUGGCUGGUGCCCUCCUCCCCAGAACCUCACUACGUACAGACUUUCGGCGAGAGAUGUAGGCGUUGGGGAGAUACGGAGCCGAGAUGGGUGACCAAGUUCCUCAAACUCAGCUCUCCUUCAUACCUCCGCUGUUCGCCCCUCGAUUGGAUGCUCGUUGGCACGUUCUGGCUGCUUUUAUUCUUCACCUUCGUCUUCGCUAGGCCUCAGGACCUACCGCUGUCGAUUUCCUUGUGCAUUGCCUUGAUUUCCCUUUCAUAUAGGUAUUCGGAUGCGCAAAGGGAGACGACGUCUCCCUGCUGCAGCAGCGCCCUUGUGGUCAGCAACAGUUUCGUCAACGCCAGUAAGAACGGGGGAGGAUCAGGAGGGCAGGUGGAGGAGCAGCCUACCCAGGAGCAAAGACUCGUGCCUCUACCUGUGCUGCAUUGCAGCACGCGAUUUCUUCCAUCUGCUGCACCUCAGCGGGAAGCAUCGGAGCUACUCGGCACGGCCGAUGGUGCUUGGAGCUUCUCCGGAGAAAUGUUGAUGCAGCCAAAGAAAACUUUCGCCGGCAGUGCCUCGCCAAGUUCUUGUGGGGGAGGCGCUGUAGGACAGCCACCGCUGACGGGCAGCGGUGGAUUUGUCACUUCUGCAUGCCGUAGUGGGGAAUACGCGAACAACAACAGCAGCAACAGCAGCAGUAGCAGUAAUGGCAGUAGAAAUUCUCUUGCACAGGCACAGCAGGUGCAGCCUACGGGGGCUCUCGUGGCUGUCGACUCGCCAGCGGGAGGGGGCAAGAACUUUUCUCAGCCAGAGGCGGCGUCGCAGGGAGGGGCUGUUGAAGGGAGAAUCAUAGGAUCUAGGAAUUCAGAAGCAGCACCUGUAGCUACACGAAAGGCUGCGAACAUCGGUGGAGGCGGGGGGUCUGUUGUACAGAGUCCUUUCGGCGGUCUGCGGGUGUCUGUACACACCAAACCUUCUGGAGGGGAAGAGUGGCCAGUCUUCGCAGACGAUGAAACAGAGCCUCUUCUCGCGCAACAGCUGCAGAACAUCGUCGAAUUAUUCACAAUACUUCAGCUCUUCUUCGGGUAUACGGCCCAGUUUUUGGACAAGCUCAAGUACGCCUUCAACUGGGAAGAUCCACUCUUGACUUUCGGAUCUGUGGUUCUGUUGUUGCUUCAUGGGACUACACUGACUCUACUGCUCCAGCUCUGUUCUUUUGUGCCUUUUCGGUGGUGGCGAUUUGUCGCCUUCUGCUGUACCGUCGGCUUGGCGGCGCUCCAGAGCCCCACAGCAAAAGCUCUUGUUUCCCGAGAGCUCGACAAGACAGAAGCUCACAAGCAUCGCGUUUCUGGCGAGAACUCAGCAGAAGGCGCGGUUAGAGACGGCUCGCUCGCGCAGCAGGAAGCCUCGACCCUGCCUUCUGUUCCUCCCCUUGAGGCUGCAGCGGCAGCUCCAAGUUCCCCCAGCACCCUACGCGGCAAGGGGGUCAGUCACGCGCAGCACAAGUCUUGGAUCGAGGGGUUCCUACGGAGGAGGCGUAGCAGCGCCAGACAUCCCGAAGGCAAGGCAAGAAAGGAGAAACGCCUAGAGACUGCUGACCUGAAGGCAGAGCCCCCGCGAAGGGUCGCGAAGACUGGCAGAUGGGCUUUGAUGGGCUUCCUUCACCGAUACCUUACUGGCCCCCUCUUGUGCGCUGCUGAAAACGCAACUGUGUCGUACUUCGGUCUGGUUGCCUUCUGGUGGCUGCAUCUCCCAGAGCAAAGAGAAAUUGAGCACAGGCAGAUUGCCGUAUCGCAGUUGCUGCCCUCCCUCUCCGUCCUGCUGCCCCGUGAUGAGCGGGAGGCUCCAACUGCGCGGCAGCAGCAGCAGCAGCAGCAAGCGGCAGGGGAUACCACUGGUGGCUCCUCUGGAAGCGCCACGCUGCCGACCGCGAGUGGGGCCAUCCCCAGUUAUCGAGGAGGUUUCGUAGGAGAGGAAAGUUCAGCGUAUGCCUCGAAGCAGCAUGGCAUCUACACUCGCGAUGUCUAUGCUUUCUUGCGUCGGUAUUCCCGCAGCAGAUGGCAGCGCGAGAAUCCCGUGACAGCGCAGCUGUAUGCCGCAGCUCCGUACCUGAUGCCCCGUCGGAGCAGCAGCAUAGGGUUCGACGAGCAGCAGCCGCAGCAUCCUGGUGAAGAAAUCCACGAAGCGUCAUCUAUCACAUCUCUGCCCUCGGAACUUCAAAACACAUGCGUCAACAAGUCGCCCUCCUUUCCGUGGGGUGUGCCGGAGGACGUUUCCUCGCGGCAGCUCCGCGAUCAGCAAGACAAGCAACAGCCUACCACGGCUGCUUUGUCGGAAAAAACUAGUGCACCAGGCCAAGACGAUGGAGUCUCCAACAACCCGCCACAACAGGACCAGCCGAAAGGCCUUUCCUCCCUCUCGAACCUCACCGCACAGGGAGCGGUGGAUCAGCUUGUGUACCACCCCGAGUUUCUAUCGUGGCAACGCCGCCUGUUCGAACGCGGGCAACAAGUGGGCCCUGAGGAGAUGAGCGACGAAGAGCAGCAUCAUGCGCAGCACGCGUGGACUCAGCCGUCUCAAGAGCCGUUGAACCAACAGCAGAAACAGGCGGAAACAGAGCAGCAGCAGCUGCUGCUGCAGCCUCAGAGGCAGCAGACAUCCCAGGAGUCGUCCUCAGGGCCCUUCGGUGCACUUGCGUUCCCAGGCUUAAAAGCAUUUUUUGGACGUAAGCAUAGUUUCGGAACCCCCCCCGACGAAGAGGCGUGGGUAGCGGUCUGUCGCCGCGAUAUUGGACGUGGGAUGCCUAUUUUGAUUCCCACUCCUGUUGCUGGUGUGUGUUGCUGCUCAGAGAGGGACUUGAGCAAGAAUGAGUGCGGCGCAACUAGUAGCAGCCGCUUCGGCACUAGUAACUUGGGUAGUAGCAACGCUACACAUGGGAGCAUGCCAGCAGAUGCUCCUGCUGCAAGGGAAGAGCAGCAGCACCCUGUUGUUCCUUUCGUAGAGGAGGAGGGGGCUUGCUCUAGCCAAGAGGACGUCCACAACGAGCAGUCGGGAGAGCAAGAGCAAGUCGUUUCUGGCUGUCAGCUCGAUCAAGCGGCAGCAGCUGACAGAAACAGCAGCAUCGUUGCCACAGAGCAGUAUGUGGACGCCUUUGUGCUACCCGCAGGGCAUGCAACUGCCACUCCAGCAGAACUGAGGGGCAGCAAUUGCAGUGAGCACCCAGAAACAGAAGAGCCAGGAGCAGCAGCCGUCCAAGCUCGACUAGUGACGGGAAUUGUUGACGCUGGUAACCCCAUUCAAAAAAACCGACAUAUUUCAGUAGCAUCGACAAAGAGCCCUGUACAGGCAGUGCUGCCCCUCAUCAGCAGUCAUCGAUUGGCAUUAGAUUGUGCUCGAGCGUUCGUUACUGCAGCGCAAGCCGGAGCACCAGGUGGCGACUCCAUACCAGCGGCAUGUGCAAACGAGCAUCAGCAGGCUGACCAGCUCCCGCAGACAGCCGACGAAAACCAACCUCCGGCAGACUUGUGGGAAAGAGGUCAACAGCAUGCACAACUGGCGUUGCAGCAGUUGCACAGUGUGCAACGCCAGCUGAUGGCCAUGGAGGAGCAACAGACAGUCCUUGCACGAAGGGCCCUGCAGCUACCGUCACCCGAAGAUCCACAAUCUGAACAGCAGCAGAGCUUCUUGCAUAGGAGCGAUGUGGAGGUCUCUCCUCUCGAAAGCUCGGCAGAGGAGCCUCAUGUGCUACAAAAUCUGCAACGUGCAGCCAGUAAUGACAGUUCCACGAGCCCUAGGCCCAAUAUUCCAGCCGGCAGCGCCAAAGACUCGUCGCAAGAACAGCAACACGAUCCAACCAGUGGAUCUGGCUUGUGGAGUGAAACUGUCUCCUUCCCUCUUGGCCUGUACAAGCAGCAGCGGGCUCGUUCUCAACAGGAUCAAUACCGACGACAGCAGGGUUCCCAGCCGCAGCACCGGUAUUUCAGCAGUAGCAUCCCUGAUCUAAGCAGGUUGGGCUGGCUAGCGGGUUCAUCUGACUCAGAUCGCCAGCAGGCUGACAACGGCAAUGAAAGGAGCAAUAGCAUCGGUUUUCUGACGGAUGCGGACAGCUUUUCGGCUGCUUUCGCCUCUCUGGGCCAUUUGGUGGAGAGCCUCGGGUGGAGCCUCGCAUCCACCCCUCCGGCAGUUACAACACCAGAGGCCGCAGCACAUUCUACUGUUGCUGUAGCGAAGUCGCCUAAUCCUGUCGGUGUGAAUGUAGAGUCAGACUUGGUAGUUUCAGAUGCAGAAUCGGGGAAACUUGAAAUCGUGGAGGGAAGCUAG